CUUUUUCGGACUGACUCACACAUUUUCCCCGCCCUCGUCCUGAUAAGUCACAUCAAUUAGCAGUCACACAAAAUCCAACAUGUGAAGCAGCCAGACAAUCCUACUCUCAAACACGACCACGCGUGGAUGACCAUCGGAUGUUUACUGGUGGUGAUAAUGUCACAAAGAAGAACCAGACUGAGCCCUGAAUCUGAGGCUGCUCCUUUUAUCUGGAGUCAACAAGCCUUGUUUGAAAGCCCAGUGGAUCAAUGAUUAUAAAGACACCAAGUGACGGGAUCUUGACUGAACCUUCUGGAGACCAAGAAGGGAGUGAGAGAUCCACUUCAUCCUUACAACAGACACCAAGUGACCUGACUGAACCCUCUGGAGACCAUGAAUGGAGUGAGAUAUCCACUUCAUUCUUACAACAGACACCAAGUGACCUGACUGAACCCUCUGGAGACCAUGAAUGGAGUGAGAGAUCCACUUCAUCCUUUCAACAGACACCGAGUGACCUGACUGAACCCUCUGGAGACCAUGAAUGGAAUGAUAGAUACACUUCAUCCUUACAACAGACAUCGAGUGACCUGACUGAACCCUCUGGAGACCAUGAAUGGAAUGAUAGAUACACUUCAUCCUUACAACAGACACCAAGUGUUCCGAUCCUGAUGAAACCUUUUGAAGAUCAAGAAAGGAGUGGAAGAUCCACUUCUUCCUUACAACAGACACCAAGUGUUCCGAUCCUGAUGAAACCUUUUGAAGAUCAAGAAAGGAGUGGAAGAUCCACUUCUUCCUUACAACAGACACCAAGUGACCUGACUGAACCUUCUGGAGACCAUGAAUAGAAUGAGAGAUAAAUUCUCAAAAUUCUCAAAUUUUCAAAAUUCUCAUUAUUUCCUGGAAUCUCUUAUUUUGAUUAUUUUAUUUUUCCAUUUUUAAUAAAUAAUGCCUUCUUUUACAGGUGGGAAUAAGAGACGCACGUGGACAGAUUAUGAAGUGAAGGCUGUUGAGCGACAUAUGUUUGAUUUCAUAACAAGCCAUAAAGUUUCAGGUAAAACGAGCUGUGAGUCCUGUCUCCACGCAGAGCCAGCAGCUCUGAACGACAGAGGCUGGGUGUCCAUCAAAAACUACAUCCACAACAGGAUAUAACUGCACUAAAAAGGGAAAUGAAUGGCUAGUCCAUUGAAAUGCGAGCACGUCUGGGUAAAUUUCAGUUCAAGUUAACUAAAGCAAUAGCAAUGGUGCAUUUAGGGUGGGAUGGUCAAUUAUGGAUUUCAUAUUUGUUGUUGGACACUGUGUUUCACGUUUGUUGUUUCAUGAUCUUCAAGAGCAAUUUGGAAAAUCCUUGAAGAUGUAUGAACAUGUAAAUUAUACUGUAUAUCAGGCAUGUUCCGAUCUGGGCCUGGAGAGCCACUGUCGUGCCUGUUUUCCAGCUCUCCCGGCUGCAUCACACCUGUUUCAGAUGAUCAGUUCAUUAGUCAGCUCUGAUGCAGCAUUAGAACAUCCUGGGAGAGCUGGAAAACAAAAAGACAGCGGCCCUUGAGGACCGACCUUGGACACUCCUGCUGUAUAUAAACGUACGUACGAUAUACAAACUUCUCACAAAAGAUAGGCUUAUUAGGUUUGAGGUGAUAUUUUGGAAAACAUUUGAAUUAAUCCUAUUUCAAAAAUUUCAAUACUUUUUGAAAAGUUGCUUUUGUCUAACGGUAGCUAAAGAAGUUGCUACACACAUGGCACAAUAUAUGGCCAGAUUCAUUAAAAAUUCUUCAUCGCAGUAUUCACAUUUUGACAUAAUCUUCUUCAGUUCAAACAACCCUCAUCUAUUGCAGUGCUUUGUGUCAUGGAGAGGAGGUGGCAUGUUUUCUGUGUUCAUAAUUUCAUAUUGUCAGCAAUUAAAAAAUAAGAAAGUGGACUGACCACAUAUUUAACCGUCUCUUCUUCUUCACAGCUUAUUUUACUAUCUUGUAUUAUUAAUGUGAAUAUUUGAGGGAUGACGGGUAUAACGACUGUUUGGCACAUUCGCCUCACAGUUCAGCAAUUGAUAUUUGAAUGUUUGAAUCUGGGCAUCCUUCCUUUGUAGAGUUCUCCCCAUGCCUGAGCAUGACAAUUGGACACAUGUGCCUAACAUAUACUGUUGGUAUGUAACAUGAGUCAAUUUAAAAAUACACACUUUACUCUUAGCUGGUCUUCAUAAGUCAUAUAUACUUGAAAAUGAUGUGUAUCCAGGGGGCUCAAAAUUCACAAAAACAUGAAAUGGUAGUGUGUUUGAGGUGACUGUCUCCAUAAUACACAAAAACCUGUCAAUGUCCUCAUAUGUAGUAGUUUUGUCAUAAAUCAAAAAAAAAUUACGUCCUAGCCAAAAUCUGAGUAGAUGGCUGUCUUCCUGAUUUUUUUUCAUGGUUACCAUAUUUUUUUGGAGCCUGUAGGACCACGGGAAAGGCAUGUACCCAUAUGUCGGGUGAACAAACGGACGUCCUGAAAAUGCACCAAAACACGUAUGUGUGUGUGUGUGUGUGUGUGUGUGUGUGUGUGUGUGUGUGUGUGUGUGAGAAUUUGUCACCUAGCC